CCUUUGAUUACAGGUCCUAGUUUUCAUAAAAAACUAAAAAAAAUUUCACAACCAAACAAAACACUAAUAGUUUCCAUUCACUCUUGUCCUCUUCCACCCGUCACGCCGCCUCUGCUCCCUGAACUUUUUAAUCGGCUUUCCUUCUCGCCGGCAUCCCGCCAUCGUUCACUGCAGUCGCCAGUCGCCAGAGGAUUCCGGCGUAAUUUGUUUGUCUGAUUGAUUCACAUUGAUGUAGCCGGGAAUUAGGUUUUUUUUUUCCCGAUUUUGGAAUUAUGAUUGACUAAUUUGGGCAAGAAGCGGAGAAAACCAACAAAUGGCACGGAAAAAACACCAAACAUGUUGACUCUCGAUUUAUCUAUCGUAAUGAAUGAAAAUAAAGUAGAAGCAAAUAAUGGGACCACUCGCCCCCCAUCAGAUCCUCUUCUCCAAUGGAGCAAAUGGCAGUUACUCGAUUCCAUUCUCCCAACGGGCGGAUUUGCCCAUUCCUUUGGUCUCGAGGCCGGAAUGCAAUCGCGCAUAGUCUCCCACCCCGAAGACCUCCAAACACACGUAAUCCACGUCCUCGAGAACACCGCAAGUCUCCUCCUUCCUUUUGUCUACUCCGCCACAAUAUCGCCAGAUGUCGACACGUGGCAACAUCUCGACGCCAUUUUAGACGCAACACUAACAAACGAAGUGAGCCGAAAGGCAUCGGUUUCACAGGGUUCAGCAUUGAUGAGGGUAUCGGCUUCGGUUUUCUCUGAGAUUCCGGGUCUGAAGAUGAUGAGAAACGUGGGGUUAAGCGGUCGGAAUGUGUGGUUCCACCAUGCCCCGGUUUUUGGGUUGGUUUGUGGGUUGAUUGGGUUGGAUGGGGAAACGGCUCAGAGGGCGUAUUUGUUUGUGACGAUGAGAGAUGUUAUAUCGGCGGCAACCAGGCUGAACCUGGUGGGGCCGCUUGGUGCCGCCGUGUUGCAACACCAGGUCGCGGUGGUUGCCGAGGAGGUUUUGAAGAAGUGGAAGAACCGGGAAGCGGAUGAAGCGUGUCAAACGAGUCCAUUGCUUGAUACGGUGCAGGGGUGCCACAGCUACCUGUUUUCAAGGCUUUUCUGUUCAUGACUUGCAAGACUACGACUGUGACUGAGUGGGACAAAAAUUGUAAACAUUUGUCUUUGUUUCAUGGUCAGUUGUCCUACAAACCUAAGUAGAUUAGAGUAAGCAGGGUUGAAUCCACUUAGAGCAGAGUGGUUAUCCUUUGUGGAUCAAGUAUUUUGUAAAAGAACAACAAAGAAUAAAAGAUUACUUGUUGAAAA